AGCGAAUUACCCAACGUUCUUUCAGUGAUUAUCAAACGCGGCCACCAAGGAUAUUCAUUUUACACGGCAAACCGAGAUGUCUGGUGUCCUGCGCGGAAUCGCGACAGCCCGAUCGGCUCUGGUCCCACGGGGACCGGCUGUCACCCAGAGAGCCAGUCUCUUCACAAGACCCCCGAAGGACCCGCUCGGUCCAGUCGAGACCGGGAUUGGCCUGGGGAUGUUUGCUUUGGCUAUCCUGGGCCCUGCUGGUUGGGUCCUGGCCAACCUAGAAUCCUACAAGAAGAAAGACUGAGACGACAGAGUUUGACUUGAACCCCAGCCUCACACAGACUGGACCUACCGCACAUCAUGUACAACUCUCAUUCCCAUCCUGUGGACCAGCACCCCCUGUAACCACCCUCUGCUUGCUUAAUCGCUGUGAAACAAUUGUUACUCUCCCCUCCUACCUCCCUAUCAAGCUGUUUACCGCACACACUCCAGUCUUUGAGCAUCACUUCCGGAUGUUCAAAUGGCUGAACAGUAACCUCAUAUCUGGUGGACUUCUUGUUCCCAUUGUUACAAUAAAUACUUAUUUAAACCUGUAAACUUUUUGUGUCAUCAUGUUGACAAGGUUCAUUCCAAUUGUGAUGUCUUAUAAACAGUAUAGGUGAAUGACACGGACACUACACUCUUCCAUUUUUAAAAUAUGUUUAUUGUUAGCUGAUAACUUUGUUGGAGGGAAUUUUAAAUUAGGUUUGCUGUGAUCAAUAAAAAGACAUCUGAUUACAAGUGGGUACAA